AUGAAGACCACAAUCCUCAUCUCGACUUUAAUUGCAAUCACCACCGCAAUCCAACUUCCAAAUCCAGAACCAUACAAGUUCAACAUCACACACCCACAUCACAGCAAUCAUAGCAGAAUCUCGACUCACAAGUCGAGGCCAACACCAACAACUAUGAUCACGUUGCCAGGUGGUGUGUUUGUGCAAACAACCAUGCCAAUAGUCACCUAA